UUGAUUAUGUUUUUUAUGUACCAAACAAACGGCGACAGGAGACAACAGUUGCGUUUAACUAACGCUAUCAGGCCGAAAAAAUGGCCGCCGAAAACUAUCAUUUGAAAUGGGACUCGCAUUUGUCCUAUUUGAACACUUCCAUAGCCACGCUCUACAAGAAUGAGAAGUUUGCUGACGUUAUGCUGUACAGUUCGUAUAGCAACAAUGGCAUCAAUUCGGAUAUACCCACGGUGGGCAUAUCGGCGCACAAAUUCAUUUUGAGCUCGUGUAGUCAGUUCUUUGCCACCAUGUUCGAGACAGCGCCAAUUACUGCGCCCAACGGCGUCCUCUAUAUUGUUCUUCCGCCCGAUCUGAGUCAUCGUGCCAUACAAAUCUUAGUGCAGUAUAUGUACAGCGGGGAGGCUACCGUCUCCAAUGAUAUUCUGAAUGAGGUAUUGCGUGGCGGUGAGAUCUUAAAAAUACGCGGUCUUUGUCGCACCAGCGCUUCCAGCGGUGGCGGCAACUCUGCGUCGGGGCAAUCCCUUGGACACCACCUGCACCACCAGCGCGAAUCCAGCGCUCUAUAUGUAUCAAAUGGCACGCGCUCUUCGCUGGCGCAGCCACCGCCCAUGUCGUCAGCACAGCUUCCCAGUGAUAUAUAUAGCACCAAGGCCAGCAGCAGCAGCAACAGCAGCAGCUCGGCGCGUUACAGCCUGGAUCAUCUGCAUACGCAUCCGCAUCCGCACCAGCACCAUCAUCAACAGCAGCAGUUUCGCGGCUUGGGCGCUUCCGUAAUGCCAAAGGACAGUCCGGUGAUUGUCAAGUCACCCAAAAUGGCCACCCACACGGGUCUGCUGAGCGUGGCAAGCAGCAGCAAACUGCUUGGUGGCGUUGGCGGCAUCUCCGUCAACAAGGAGGUGGCCAUCGAUCCCGAGGACAAGUGCUGCUAUGCAGCAGCCACUCAAGUCGAAAGUCUACCACAGUCAACAACAGCAACAGCUGUCGCUGCACCACCACCACCAAUGUCCAUAUGCACAGAAGUCGGUUGCAGCAGCUGCCCGCUGGCUGCGUCGUCCACCGAGCCGGCGGACUCAACGCUACGCCGGCCAGAGUAUGCAGAUCGCGAGCGUCUUGUGGAGGAGCCAAUCUGUGAACGCGACCGAGAUGAUGUGGGCCUGGUCUACGAGCGACGUCUACGCCGCGAGCGUUCCUGUGAACGAGCCCCGCCUCACGAGUACUUUGCGCAUGAUGGCCCGCACUAUGAGCACGUGGUGAAAUCCUAUGAAGUGACGGCUCCAGUUGCGCCACGCCUGGCCACACCGCCGCAUCCACACAGUUUUCUGACCAUUAAACAAGAGCCGACCGAUUGGUCAAAUAAUCCACCGGCAGCGUUGCCAAACGAGAACCACCACGAGAUCAGUCAGGAGGCGCCGCUGUCGCCUAAGCAGCCGCUGGACUUUAAGAUAAACGCCGUCAAGCUGGAGGCAAACAGCUCGCAACAGGACGAGUCCGAGGAGCACACGUUGCGCGAUUACAACAAUUUCAAGCUGCUCGUUUGCGAAAUAUGCCAGAAAUCGUUUGAGGACACCAAGAUGCUGGUGCGCCACCUGGGCACACAUGCCGCCGAGCCAGCCGGCAAUGUGAUGGGCGCCAGUGCCAGCGGCACUGGGAGCAGCAGCAGCGCCACAGCCAACAGCAACCUGGCGCUGAGAGCAUUGAAAACCUAUGUGCCAAAGAAGCGACGCAGAGUGUCGGUGAGUGCCGUUGGAGCAGCUGUAUUGGGCAAGCCCUUAUCUCUCCCCAUCCCUCCUCAUUCGCAUUCACAGCAACAGGAGAACAAUAUGGAUCAUGUGACACUGCUCUGUGACCUCUGCUCCACCUCUUUCGAAACGCCCGCGGAAUGGGUGCGUCACAUGAAUAGCCAACACACGGAAAUCGAACUGGCCAUGUUCAAUAGCAAAAAGGAUGGCGAACAGAAGGGCAGCAGCAGCAGCAGCAGCAACAACAACAGCAAUUCUUCUACUGCCGCCGUCAGCCAAAUCCAACACACAGUCGCCAGCUCAGGUGCCGCCACCACAGCGGCUGUGGCGCAUAAAAAGUACAUCAAUGCCAGCCGGCUGCUGGUUGGCCAAAGCCUGAGCAACAGGGGCAAUGGAAAUGGUGCCACAUCAGCGUCGCCGGGUCUGGCAGUGGUCAGUGCCAACACGUCGCCGGCAUGAAUCCUGUUGCAAGAUCGGGCACAAGCAGAUCCACAGCUAUAGCUGCACCAAAAACUUGAAUUCAAACAACAACAACAACAACAAGACCACCAGAAGUCAGGCCACGAGUGAGAGAAGCAAUAAGAUGAACAUUUUUUGAAAAAAUCAAGUCGUUCCAGUAAUCAAAAAAAAAAAAAGAAACAAAAAUCGAGAAAAAUAUUUAUACGAAACAGCAAGAAC